AUGGCUGCUUCAUUACCACACCCAAAGAUUGUCAAGAAGCACAAGAAGGCUUUUAAGAGACACCACUCUGACCGUUAUGACCGUGUUGGUGAGAGCUGGAGAAAGCCAAAGGGUAUCGACUCUUGUGUGAGACGUCGUUUCAGAGGUACCAUCUCCAUGCCAAAGAUCGGUUACGGUUCUAACAAGAAGACCAGACACUUGAUGCCAUCUGGCCACAAGGCUUUCCUCGUUUCUAACCUUAAGGACUUGGAAGUCUUGACUUUGCACACCAAGACCUACGCUGCUGAGAUUGCCCACAACGUGUCUGCUAAGAACAGAGUUGACAUUUUGGCCCGUGCUAAGGCUUUGGGCUUGAAGGUUACCAACCCUAAGGGUCGUGUUGCUUUGCAAGCUUAA